AUGUCGACUCCCAUACCCCAGCCACCUACAGUUCCUUUUCUUGGAAAUACUCGCGACUUGGACAGAGACGUACCGAUCCAGUCUUUUAUCCUUCUCGCAAAAACGUAUGGCGAGAUCUAUCAGCUCGAUCUCUUAGGCGGACGAAGAAUUAUAUGUAUCAAUUCGCAUGCCCUAGCGAACGAGAUAUCAGAUGAAAAGAGGUUUAAGAAGAGCCUUGCACCUUCCUUAUAUGAAGUCCGCAAUCUUGUCGGCGAUGGUCUCUUCACUGCUUUUGGCGACGAGGAAAAUUGGGACCGUAUCUUGAUGCCUGCAUUCGGUACGAUGUCCGUGCGAGGAAUGUUAGAUGACAUGAAGGACAUUUGCGGUCAGCUUCUUCUGAAGUGGGAACGGUUUGGACCUCAUGAAGUCAUCGACCCCGCCACCGAUUUCACUCGACUUGCGCUGGAUACAAUCGCGUAUUGUACUAUGUCUUAUCGACUAAAUUCUUUUUAUACUGAAACUCAACCACCCUUUGUCAAGUCUAUGGUCGACUUCUUGAAGGAAAGCUUUGUUCGCACCAAGCGUCCUCAUCUUGUUCAGGCUCUGAUGCGUUCCGCGACGGCUAAAUAUGAAAAUGACCGGAAAAUCAUGCGGGAAUUGGCAAAUUCUAUCAUUGCCGACCGCAAGCAAAAUCCUAUCGACAAGAAAGAUUUGCUCGACCGUAUGCUGAACGCUAAGGACCCCAAGACCGGUCAAGGACUUUCAGAAGAAAGCAUCGGUUAUAAUCUUCUGACGUUCUUGAUUGCAGGACAUGAAACAUCGUCGGGAAUGAUGACCUUCACGGUUUACUACCUACUCAAAAAUCCGGACAAAAUGAGAAAACUUCGAGCCGAGAUUGACGAGGUCUUAGGAGGACGCCCUUUGGAAGUUGAAGAUUUCGAUAAACUCCCUUAUCUUACUGCUGUGAUGCGGGAGUCGUUACGUUUAGGACCAACAGCAUCCGGACGGACAGCAGCACCCCUUGAGGACACUACUCUGGGAGGUGGUAAAUAUUUCGUCAAGGCUGGCAGUGCCCUUACUAUCCAAACCUACAUUAUGCACAGAGACCCCAAAGUAUGGGGAGAAGAUGCAGAAGAAUUUCGUCCGGAAAGAAUGAUGGACGGGAAAUUUGAAGCUUUGCCCCCUAACGCAUGGCAACCUUUUGGUUACGGUUUGAGAGGAUGUAUCGGACGUCCUUUCGCAUGGCAGGAAGUCAUGUUGGUACUCGCGUCUAUUCUCCAAAAGUUCGAUCUAUCCUUGGCCGACCCUUCGUAUACGCUUCAAAUAAGCCAGGCUCUGACCAUCAAGCCCAAGGAUCUCAAGAUACGCGCGAAGCUACGCACGAGCGGGCCUCGUAUUUCUUCAGUAUCUGCCGUUGGCAUCAAGAGAGCCUACGAUGGUCCAGAUGUCAUCCCGUAUCCUGGUGUCGCGGAACCAGCAAAUAGUAAAGCGCCACUUUAUGUUCUGUAUGGCUCCAAUACGGGAACAUCAGAAGGCUUCGCCCAAAGGAUUGCUAGCGAAGCUGCGACGUACAGCUUCGCCGCUAAAAUUGGAACUCUAGACUCGAUUACUGGGCAAUUACCGACCAAUGGCCCUAUUGUCAUCGUUACCGCAUCUUUCGAAGGUGAACCCGCGGAUAAUGCAACUCGCUUCGUUGACUGGUUAAGUAAUCUUCAAGGAGACGAGCUUCGAAACGUCAGCUUCGCGGUAUUUGGAUGCGGCAACUCCGACUGGGUUCAGACAUAUCAGAAAGUACCGAAACUAUGUGACGAACUCAUCGAGAAACAUGGUGGCAGACGGCUGCUUGAGCGAGGAGAGGGCGACGCAAGUCUGGGAAACUUCUUCCAAGUCUUUGAUGAGUACCAAGGAAAGCUGUGGAAGACUUUAUCAAAGGAGUAUUCCACCACGAGGGGAGCCGUGGAUCUUUCAGUCAUUGAUGUGAAGGUCAUUGACGCCGGAGACGAGAGAGCCGAGAGCCUGCGUCAGCCCGAUACAGCCUUGGGUCGACUGCUAGAAAACAAAGUUCUCACUUUAGCGGGACAUCCUGUGAAGAGACAUCUGGAGUUUGAGCUCCCCCCACACAUGAACUACAACGCUGGUGAUUAUUUGGCAAUUCUCCCCCACAAUCCGACGCGAGAUAUCAAUCGUGUGCUCUCUCAUUUUGGUAUUGUGAAAGAGCAACAUGUUAUUAUAUCGUCAACAAGUCCCACUUCCUUACCCGUUGGAAAGCCAGUUGCGUUGUUUGAAGUUCUGAGCGGCUACGUGGAGCUUUCGCAACCGGCGACAAACAAAGACAUUGAAAGAAUCAUCUCGGCUACAACUGACGAUGCUACCAUUUCAUCUCUACAGGGACUUAAGGCUGCCUAUCAGAACGAGGUGAUAGCUAAACGGCUCAGCGUGCUCGACAUCCUCGAGAGAUACCCGUUGGCAUCAGUUUCCCUUGGGACCUUUCUUCAGAUGCUUCCACCUAUGCGCGUGCGUCAGUACUCUAUCUCCUCGUCCCCCCUUUGGAACCCGCAACGUGUCACGUUGACCGUGAGUGUCAUUGAUUCUCCUUCACGUUCCGGAGGAGAGAGAGUAUUUCUUGGAGUCGCUUCGAACUACCUCUCUGGUCUUGUUCCUGGGGAACGGGUCCGGAUGGCAGUCAGGAACUGUUCCUCGGCGUUUCGUCUACCAUCAGACCCGACCGUACCUAUUGUGAUGUUUUGUGCCGGCUCUGGGCUUGCACCGAUGCGUGGGUUCAUGCAAGAGAGAGCCAUGCAAAAGAUAUCUGGUAGAAACGUGGGAAAGGCUCUCUUAUUUUAUGGCUGCAGGAAUCCAGAGGUGGACUAUCUGUAUGGAGAGAGUGACUUGAAGGAGUGGGAGAAAUUAGGUGUCGUCGAGUUACAUCCCGCAUUUUCGAGGGCAGCCGCGUUGUCGGAGGACAGUAGAUAUGUCCAAGAUCGGUUGUGGCAUGAUCGCAAAGCCAUUCUCGAAGCUUAUGAUGCGGGCGCCAAGUUCUUCACCUGUGGUUCUGGCCAAGUUGCGAAGGAGAUCAAGAACAAGUUGGUUGAAAUUCUGGAAACCCAACACAGUCUCGACCAUGAUCAGGCCGUAAAAAUAUUCCAGCAGAUCACGCAAGGACGAUACGCGACUGAUAUCUUCGAUUGA